AUACGAACUCUCCGAAGCCGCCGCACACGAAGGAUGAUCAAAAUGGAGACGCGUCUGGAUUGACGAACAGUGUCGACACGCUGGUGGAGAAUAUCUUAGAAGUAGUACACUAUUUGGAAGACAUGAAUAACUACAUCAUCGAUUUUAAGAAGGAAUUGCAAAGCAAAUUCGAACACCUGGUUCAGCACGAUGCCAAUCUGUAUGAGACCUAUGAACAUAAUGAAAAUAUUUUGACUCAUAUUUACUCCUACAAUGAAAAUAAGCUACACAGAUAUUCCAAAUAUUUGGAGAAUUUGAAGAAUGUUAAGUUAGAUAUGUUUAAUGACACAAUUAAUAAUAUCCAAAGGGAGAAUAUAUACUACGUCAAUUUUGUGUACAAGAAUUUGCUGUCCAAGAUUGACUUGCUGAGUGACCUCAACAAGAAGAAACUGGACAAGGAGAGGCGCAAGAACCUGCGCGAGCUGAACAAGUACCUGGAUGAGCUGAAGAACAAAAUGAUGAUUAUGGAGCAAAAGUUCAGCCAAGUGAUAAAGGACAAAUCGGAAAGCAUACGCAAGUCCAACCAAGAGAAUAUAAACAGAUUCGAAGCAUCUGCCAUGGAUUACCUAAAUGGAAAUAGCAACUUUGAUACCUUCUCCAGUUACGUAAUAAAUGAUUUCCUCCUAAAUGGAAAAAGAAUUAAUGUCCUAAAUUAUGAAAAUAAUUCCUUCUUCAAGAGUAACUUCCUGUACUUUAAUUUCUUACACAAUUAUAUUAAGGGAAAAAAAAAUGAAAAAACUAUGAAUAUUUAUAUCUAUUUAAAGGACCCCUUGAUAAAGGAAUACGAGUUAUCCUACUUGAAUUACUACGUUAUCGUUGAUCUACACAUCGUGGAUGUUAUUAUAAAAAAUGUACAGAUGUUAGCAAAAGAGAAGGGAAAAAGCAAAAACGAUUUCAACGAUGUGCUUAUUUGUGUAGACAAUUACACAGUCAAGUACAACGUAUUAUCUAGUAACAUAUAUUUAGACAUGCAACCUAACAUUAAGAACUUUUUUUCGAAUAAAAUUGCAAACAAUAUUGACGAAAAGAAAAUCCAAGAUAUACUAACUCAGCUCAGGAAGAAAAACAAAUCGAAUUAUGAGAAUACCAUUUUUAAUGAUGAAUAUUAUAAAAAGAUGGCUAGUGGAGAGGAGUCGAAAGAUGCAGUCUUUGAUAAGAAGGGGAAGAAGCUGACCACUGCUAGCGGUGAGGGUGGUGGAGCCGGCCAUCCCAACCUCUACAUUAUGAAGAAGAAUAUCUUCUUCGACUCGAAGAAGGAGUACUACAAAAAGUUCUUGUCUUUCUACACAUACGAAGAAAUAUUUCGUAUCCUCUGUAGUAACAACAGACAUUGCAGUGUGAAUAUCCUCAAUUCGUUGGACGAUGUGAAUAAAAAUACAUUCAUUUUGAGGAGCCACUUGACUAUUAAAAACGAGCUGAAGAAGUUUUUUCAGGUCCACCAGAGCGAGCUGCUUAGCAGCAGGCGCAGGGGAAGGGAGGAGGCUCACAAGCAGGGGAAGAACCAGCCCAGCGAGGCGAGCGAUGCGGUUCAGCCGAGUCACCAGGGGGAGUCAGGCCAACCAGGUGUGUCGAUCCAACCUGGUGUGACUAUCCAACCAGGUGCUUCUAUCCAACCAGGUGCUUCUAUCCAACCAGGUGCUUCUAUCCAACCAGGUGUGUCUAGCCAACCGGUUACCCCGCUCACGCCAAACAUAUGCCCCGUGCAGAAGCAAAACAUAUUCUCCAGCAGCGACAUGUGCCCGAGGCAGGGGGGGAAGAACCCCCAGCCAGUCCCGUGCAGCGAGGACAACUUGAUUAACAUGAACAAUGUGGAUGAUUACCUGAAUACGUAUUACGUGUCAUAUCACGAUUCGUUCAAAGUGGAGGAAAUAAAAUUCAUAAACUUUUUCGAAGUGCUCAUAAAAAAAAAAGUAGCAGUCAUCCUGGAGAAAAACGAAUUUUUAAAGCUAUACAUUUUCUAUGGGAAAAAGAAGCUGCCCAGUUUGCCGUACACAAACUUGUUCUUUAACUGUAGGACAAUAAUAAAAAUUGAGGUGCUCAGAGAUGUGAACACAAAACAGAUAAUUUACUCCAGUAGGUCCUUCUUCCUGGAGACCUUAAUAACAUUGAAGGAAUAUAAAAUAAAAAACGAAAGCGCCUACGUCAUCAUUGAAACGUCCGAUGAAACGAGCUCCAUUAAAAAAAGACUCAAAAUGGAAAUGCUAUACAGAAUAUCUCCCAUGUCACAUAUAAAUGCUUACAUCAUUUCGAACAAUGGCCGGGAGACUGUGUACCACAAGGGAAACGUAUACCAGAGGUCUGCCAAUGACAUCAAGGAAGUUAUCAGUGAUAUUCGCAACGAUUUCCUCAACAUCAUUCUCCCGCAGUACAAUUUGUUCGACCUGUUCGACAGCCAUAUAUACAUCAUUAUUUGUUUGAAGAACGAGAACUGCU